AUGGCUUCCUCUACACUCCUCCGUAUGGUUCCAUGCAACGGCGUAGUAUCUGCAAAUCGGACCUCCAACUCUCACAACCCGUGGGUCGGAUCUCGGAUCCGUUUCACUACUACUCGGAAAUGGGUAGCCGCCGGCGGAUCUUCAAUUCGGGCCGGGUCUUCAACUUGCGGUAAUGCAGUUUCAGAUAAAUCAAGAACUUCGCCGUGGCUGAUGCUACCGCCGUCUUUUGAAGAAACCACCGCCGGAGAAAAUAUGAAGUACAAUUUCUACACCCUCGCCGAAGACAAAUUAAUCAGCGUCGACAAGGCACCACCACCACCGUCGGAAGAAGAAGAAGAAGAAGGUGCAGAAUCGCCAGACGACGAUGCUGUGAUAGUGGGAUCUUCACACGGCUGGCUAGUUAUGUACAACCACUGGAGCACCGCCGCCAUGUUCCUCUCCAAUCCACUCACGCGCCGCCACAUAAAGCUCCCCAUCGCCGCUCCCCACCUCUGCCGUUUAUCCUUCCCCGAUUUAUACGUCACCUCCCUCCUGGUGUCCAAGGUCGUUAUCUCGUCCUCCCCCGACGCCGACGACGACGGCUGCCGGGCGAUGAUGACGUACACUCCAGAAAAACGGCUCGCCUUCUGCUGCCCGGGCCGCCGCCGCGGCGGCGAAACCGAGUACUCAUGGACACCCAUCGGAGAAGCCUUCCACACCUUCGACACCCUCCGGUACGCGCGGCAGUACGAGGACGUCGUCUACUCCGCACGGCACAAGCUCUUCUUCUGCGCCACCACCUACGGCGACUUCGAGUCCUGGGAUCUCUCCGACCCUGAAUCUCCGGCGAUGACUCCGGUGAUCCUCUCCCCCGACCCGGAUAACUACCCAUGGUCAGACCGGGCCUGGGAAACGAUACAAGCCCUAGGUAAAAUGUGCUCGUCUCAUAAAUUCCUGGUCGUUGACGAGAAAACCGGUCAACUCUACCACGUGAGGCGGUUCGUGAAGGACCGGGUUUACUCCAAUAAGCUCUUACUCCACUACGACUCCGACGUGGAGUACGACGGUACGGAUCCGUACAUGACGGUUGGUUUCGAUGUGCACAGAAUCGACGUGGAGAAAGGGGAGUUGGUUUACAUGGAUGGUUCGUUGGGUGGUUUGGCAAUCUUCGUUGGCUUGAAUCAUUCGUUUGCUUUGUGCGCCGGUGAAUUCCCUGGAGUGAAGCCCGAUUCCAUUUAUUUUACCGAUGUGUUCAGUCCGCCGUAUUGGGACGGCGGCGCGUACGGUGGACAUGACGUAGGCAUAUAUAAUUAUGUAGACGGUACUAUUUCGCCUUGCUAUUAUCCCGUUGACGUGGAAAGCAUUCAAAGGAUUGUACCUUCUCCUAUGUGGUUCACUCCAAAUUACCAGCAUUAG